AGAGGUGCGUCCGCUGGGGACAGAAAUCUGCCCACUGGGGAUGGGCGAUGCGUCCAUUGGGGAUGGAGUUGCGUCCAGUGGGGAUGGAGAUGCAUCCACUGGGGAGAGGAGGUCUGUCCAUUGAGGAUGGGAGAUGCGUCCGCUGGGGACAGAAAUGUGUCCGUUGGGGACAGGAAGUGCGUCCAUUGGGGAUGGAGACACAUCCAUUGGGGAUGGAGACACGUCCAUUGGGGAUGGAGACACGUCCAUUGGGGAUGGAGGUGCGUCCAUUGGGGAUGGAGAUCCGUACAUUGGGGAUGGAGGUGCGUCCGUUGGAGACAGAGUUUGGAGACGGGGCUCCUGCCGCAGUCAAUGUCGGUGACACAUCGCAAGCAGAAUGUCACCCCGUGGUUCACCUCCCCCGUUCAUCCAUUCCUUCCGGGGGGCACAGAGCCCACGUGCUGCUCCCCAGGAAGGCACGCUGACGCCCUGCAAGGCACGGGAAGCAGACCCAAAGGAUGUGGCCUCGGGGACAUGGCGUGGUGGCCAUGGAUGGGUGGUCACACUUGGCCAUCCGGGAGCUCCGUUCCAACCUUAGCAAUUCUACGGUUCUGGAGGUGUCGUCGGACACGACGGACAAUCCAUGGAUAACCACAUCCAGUGAAGCCACCCGAAUUUUGGAGAAAAGGCCCAGGAAGACGCUGCCGCACCGAGGAGCUUGGAAGCGGCAAUCUCAGGGCCUCCACCUGCCCCCGAGUAUCCCCCAGGCGCUGUCUGUGGUUUGACAGCAUCAUCUCUCUUUUAAAAAAGCCAUCAAAAAGGAACACCACCCCCUUUCCUCUCUGGGGGCCGUUGGCUGGUGCCCGACACGCGCAGUUGGAGGCGCUGAGCCGGAGAAGAGCGGCGCAACCGUCUCAGAGCGCUGAUGAGAUAAAGGAGGAACGUUUUUUUUUCUUUCGAUUAUGGUAAUCGUAGGUGUUACUUGUAAUAGCAGGCGAUAAGAUCUUUAGGAGAGAAGCGGGGAUGUUGCCUGUUUGGGGGUUGUUGUGUGUCUUUUUUUGUUUUGUUUUGAAGUUUGGAGGAGCUCGAGCGGAGCGCGGGGACGGCGUUCUGCUGGGGCAGGCUGGAGCCCUUCCUGCAGGAUCGGCGCGUUCCGAACGUCCCCAGGUCCCUUUUCUUCUCCGGCGGAGCAGCGUGGGGAUGGAGCAGCUCCGCUGGGAGCUGUGGGAAUGGCCGCCGUGCUGGGAUGUGCUCCGCAUCCCUCUGCUGCCGGCAGAGCCCCGACGCUCGGCGCUGAUCCCAAGGAUGAGGUCAGCUCCCCCGGGGACGUCCACCAGGCAUGGAGCCUUCUUCAUCCGCUUCCGAGGAGACGAGGAAGUGCCGGUGUCGGGCGAAAGGAGAGGUCCUCCCGCCUUGUUCCACUUCCCAGUGGGUUACUGGGGUGCUGGCAGUGCCUGCUUCCCACUUCGGGGCCGUGCUCCAAUCCGUUGCUCCCCAAUGGGGGAAGCUGCGCAAGGAACGUGCAGGUGGAGCCCAAUCUCGGCCCCGAGCUUCCUUCCCUCGCCCUCCAAGCGCACGGGAGCCGCUGGGAACCGCUGACCACGCACUGCGGGAACCUUCCUGAGCAACAGCAGGGCGGUGAGAAAGGCAGAAAUGGGAAAUCCCUCCUGCAGAUGUGCGUGGCCAGGGGCUCCCUGCAAAGUGGCAGAGGGGCUGAGCUACGCUGGUGACAGAGGGGCUGCGCUCAGCCCGUGCUCGCGAGCUUGUGCUCUGCAGAAGGGCUCCAAAACUGCGCCUGAGAGCAGAGGAACCCCCGGUUCCUUCUCAGCAGCCAGCAAAUAAAGCCCUAAAUUGCAACGUGGAGGGACAGAAGGCCGCUUUCCUUCCACCAGACUUCGUUGGGAUGGCUAUGUGGACCCGGCUGAUGGGUUAUUUUGGGGGGCUGCGUUUGACACCGGACCCUUCGUUGAAACGGCUCGCUUUGAGAUCUCACCAAAAAUCUGCUUGGAAACAGAGAUUGAGCUCUAGGAUGAGUGUUCCCCACGGGCAGGGACGCGGCGUUCCCAUGGAUGCUCUCCCGUGGUACCCAUCCCACUAGGGUCCCAAUGGGAGAGCAUCCCCAGCGCUGGGAUGAAGGGGAUGGGGCGGUAGCGGGUUCGGGGCUGCGAGCAGCAGGAUGAGGAACAGUCACAUGCGGGGCUUUUCGGGGGGGGGUGCCGAGGAAGUGACGCAGCCCCACAGCUCGCUCUCAGGAGGGUUCUCUGCGGGGAUGUCCCCAGCACCGCUCGUGUGGCCGGGAGGAAAACCUCCACCGCGCACAGGGCCGGGCGCUGCAGCGAUGGGCACAGCUCCCUUCCCACGGUGGGAGCGGCGCCGAGCGUCUCUCCAGACCCUAAAAAAUGAGAGCGAGGUGCUGGCAGCGCUCAGAGCCCGAUCUCUUCCUCCUCCCCGCUCUGCCCCCUUAUCUCCUUCCUCCUCCCGCCCUUGCCCCUUUGCUUUCGGUUCCUCCUGCCCAAAAUAUUUCAGGCUGCUGACGGCUGUCCGGAGGGCUGGCAGCGCUUCUGAAGCACCCACGUUGUUCUGGCGUCACCCCCAGCGGGGACCCCGCGGGGUUCGGGAGCACUCGUGGCCGCCGUGGCCGUGGGGAGAGGCCCCAUCGUUCGGCCCAAGAAAGCCCCGUUUGAUGGCGAGGCCGCUGGCUUCAGGCAGCAGCCGGCACGGAUAAAGGCGGGCUUGUUCCCCUCCCACGCGCGGAGCAGGAUGCGACCCGCGGGGACAGGGCUGCACCCACGCCUGGAGCGCCUCGUCCCGCGGGAAAUGGGCUAUUUUUCUUCUUUUUCCCUUUGCUAAAGCUUUCGGCGGCGGCGCUGCUCCCAGCAGCUGCCGUGGGGAUGUUUUCUUAUUUCUCGCCGAGCUUUUUCUCUUCCCGCUUGUGCUCCAUCCCGGGCUCUCCUGCUGGGUGGGAUGGCUGGGGGUGGGUUUCGGUGCUUCCUUGGCAGAAGAAACCCGUGCUGGCCAAAAACCGCGCUGGGAACAGCAGUCCCAGCCCUAUCCCACACGCCUGCACGGAGAUGCGGUGCCUGUCGCAGCGGUGGUGCAGCUCUCAGCUGUCCUUUCCCCCCCCGACCCCCCCCACAGGUCUCAUGGUACCGAGUGACGCGUCCCUCCCGUGAGAUUUGUGCCCCCGAAGCCCCUGAGAAGAUGUCAGGGAUGCAGGCCGUUUGGCCGUCCGGUACAGAAUGUAUCGCCAAGUACAACUUCCACGGUACCGCCGAGCAGGACCUGCCGUUCAGCAAGGGAGAUGUCCUCACCAUCGUCGCUGUCACCAAGGACCCCAACUGGUACAAGGCCAAGAACAAGGUGGGCCGGGAGGGCAUCAUCCCCGCUAACUACGUGCAGAAGCGGGAAGGAGUGAAGGCUGGCAUCAAGCUCAGCCUCAUGCCGUGGUUCCACGGGAAGAUCACGCGGGAGCAGGCCGAGCGGCUGCUGUACCCGCCCGAGACGGGGCUGUUCCUGGUGCGGGAGAGCACCAACUACCCCGGGGACUACACCCUGUGCGUGAGCUGCGAGGGCAAGGUGGAGCACUACCGCAUCAUUUACUCCUCCAGCAAGCUGAGCAUCGACGAGGAGGUCUACUUCGAGAACCUGAUGCAGCUUGUGGAGCAUUACACCACGGACGCCGACGGGCUCUGCACGCGCCUCAUCAAGCCGAAGGUGAUGGAGGGGACGGUGGCAGCUCAGGACGAGUUCUCCCGCAGUGGCUGGGCCCUCAACAUGAAGGACCUCAAGCUGCUGCAAAUCAUUGGCAAAGGGGAAUUUGGAGAUGUGAUGCUGGGUGAUUACCGGGGGAACAAAGUCGCCGUCAAGUGCAUUAAAAACGACGCCACAGCGCAGGCUUUCCUGGCAGAAGCGUCCGUGAUGACGCAGCUCCGACACAGCAACCUGGUGCAGCUGCUGGGGGUGAUCGUGGAGGAGAAGAGCGGCCUCUACAUUGUCACCGAGUACAUGGCCAAGGGCAGCCUAGUAGAUUACCUGCGGUCGCGCGGGAGGUCGGUCCUAGGAGCAGACUGCCUGCUCAAGUUCUCCUUAGAUGUCUGUGAAGCCAUGGAGUAUCUGGAAGCCAACAACUUCGUCCACCGGGACCUGGCGGCGAGGAACGUGCUGGUCUCGGAGGACAACAUCGCCAAGGUCAGCGACUUUGGGCUGACGAAGGAAGCGUCGUCCACUCAGGACACGGGGAAGCUGCCGGUGAAAUGGACGGCGCCCGAAGCACUUCGAGAAAAGAAAUUCUCCACCAAAUCGGACGUGUGGAGCUUCGGGAUCCUCCUCUGGGAAAUCUACUCCUUCGGGCGAGUGCCUUAUCCGAGAAUCCCCCUGAAGGACGUGGUGCCCCGCGUGGAGAAGGGCUACAAGAUGGACGCUCCCGACGGCUGCCCGGCCAUCGUCUACGAGGUGAUGAAGAAGUGCUGGACCCUGGACCCCGGGCACCGGCCGUCCUUCCACCAGCUCCGCGAACAGCUAGUGCAUAUCAAAGAGAAGGAGCUCUACCUGUGAGGGGGCUCUGGA